UGUUCCCUCAUAAAACAUUCAAAUAAAACUCUCUCAUGUCUAUAUUUUAUGCGACCAGUAACAGUCAACUCGAUGGUUUUCUCGGUUACAGCUGCUCUCACUCGCUUAUCUGCUCUAUCUUAUUCUCAUCCCCGUUCUUCUUCUCUCUUCAGAUUUACCCAUAUUCGUAUAAUCACCGCUACCAUCUCGUCCAAGAGGCAGCGUCAUCAUAGCUCCAGAACUAUGACUUCUUCAGUGCUGCCAGUAGAAUCAGCUGCUAUGCAAGAUAAGGUCACUGCUCCUUACGGCUCUUGGAAGUCUCCAAUCACCGCCGAUGUCGUCUCCGGCGCAUCCAAGCGACUGGGCGGUACUGCCAUUGACGGCCAUGGUGGCCUUUUCUGGCUUGAAUCCCGGCCCACUGAAGCAGGACGAUCGGUUCUUGUUAAGGGAGGUGAGAAAUCUGGAGAGGAAGCUGUGGAUGUUACCCCGAAAGAAUUUUCGGUGCGAACAACGGCCCAGGAGUAUGGAGGGGGCGCAUUUACAAUAUCAGGGGAUACUGUUAUCUUCGCAAAUUACAAGGAUCAAAGACUGUACAAGCAAUCUGUCGAUUCCAUAGAUUCUACUCCUGUUCCAAUUACACCUGAUUAUGGUUCAUCAGUUGUCUCUUAUGCCGAUGGAAUCUUUGAUUCACGCUUCAACCGUUUUGUCACUGUAAUGGAAGAUCGUCGUGUAAGCAGCAUGAAUGCAAUUACAACGAUUGUAGCAAUUGGGCUUAAUGAUUCUGAUAUAGAGGAACCAAAAGUACUAGUUAGUGGCAAUGAUUUCUAUGCAUUCCCACGGAUGGACCCCAAAGGUGAACGGAUUGCAUGGAUAGAAUGGGGUCACCCUAACAUGCCAUGGGAUAAAUCAGAACUCUGGGUUGGCUAUAUUUCUGAGAAUGGAGAUAUCUACAAACGCAUAUGUGUUGCUGGCAAUGACAAUAAAAUUGUUGAAUCUCCAACUGAACCCAAGUGGUCCUCUACAGGGGAGUUAUUCUUUAUCACUGACAGAAGAAAUGGAUUUUGGAAUCUCUACAAAUGGAUUGAAUCUGUAAAUGAUGUACAAGCACUCUAUUCCUUGGAUGCGGAGUUCUCAAGUCCAUUAUGGGUAUUUGGCAUAAACUCUUAUGAGCUUAUUCAGAACAAAGAAGGAAGAAACUUAAUUGCUUGCAGCUACAGGCAGAAGGGUAGAUCACAUUUUGGUAUUCUGGACUGUGCUCAAAGCUCCCUUUCUCUGCUAGAUAUUCCUUUCACAGACAUCAAUAGUAUUACUUUAGGGCAUCAUUGUCUGUACAUUGAGGGAGCAUCUACAAUUCAUCCAUCCUCAGUGGCUAAGGUGAUUUUGGAUGACCAGGGAUCGAAAGUAGUUGAUUUCGAGAUUGUUUGGUCAUCAUCACCUGAUAGUUUAAAGUACACAUCAUAUUUCAGCUCACCUGAGUUGAUUGAGUUCCCAACUGGGGUUCCUGGUCAAAAUGCGUAUGCAUACUUUUAUCCUCCUUUGAAUCCCAUUUACCAAGCUAGUCCAGAAGAAAAGCCUCCAUUGUUGUUGAAAAGUCAUGGAGGACCUACAAGUGAAACACGUGGGAUUUUAAACCUGAGUAUCCAGUAUUGGACAAGCCGAGGUUGGGCUGUCGUGGAUGUAAAUUAUGGUGGAAGCACUGGUUAUGGUAGAGAAUAUCGAGAACGAUUAUUAGGAAAUUGGGGAAUUGUUGAUGUUAAUGACUGUUGCAGCUGUGCAAAAUUUUUGGUGGACAGUGGAAAGGCAGAUGGGGAACGACUCUGUAUAACUGGUGGCUCAGCUGGUGGUUAUACAACCUUAGCUGCCCUUGCUUUUAAAGAAACAUUCAAGGCUGGAGCUUCAUUGUAUGGUGUGGCUGACUUAAGCAUGUUAAGAGCAGAAACUCACAAAUUCGAGUCUCAUUACAUUGAUAAUCUUGUUGGUGAUGAAAAGAAUUACUUUGAGAGGUCUCCAAUAAAUUUUGUUGAUAGAUUUUCCUGCCCUAUAAUUUUGUUCCAGGGAUUAGAAGAUAAGGUUGUACCCCCUGAUCAAGCUCGUAUUAUAUACCAGGCGCUGAAGAAGAAGGGUUUGCCAGUUGCUCUAGUUGAAUACGAAGGAGAACAGCAUGGUUUUCGCAAGGCUGAGAAUAUUAAGUUCACCCUGGAACAAGAAAUGGUGUUUUUUGCACGUUUGGUUGGAAACUUCAAUGUCGCAGAUGAUAUUAAUCCAAUCAAAAUUGACAAUUUUGACUGAUCAUGCAUAAAGGAACUUAAGGGAUUUGCUGUCAUAAUUUGACAGCAAUGAAUUGAAUCAACUCCUUGAUAUAGGCAGUACCUUAUAUUUUCUUUUCCUUGAGCGUUCAACAACAAAUUGUCUGUGAUAUUACCAGAAAAGCUGACGUACUAACUGGGAAUUCGCUAUUCAUCAUAAUGUGUUGUUUUUGGUUAGCCAAUAGGAAAAGGCUCGUGUUGGAUAGUUUGUCUUGCAGCCAAUUUUAUGGAUUGUUGGAAGCUUUUGUGUUUCCCUAUGUAAUUGAGGAUCAUAGAUUUUUUUUUUUUUUUUUAUCUAUAUCUGUUGAAUGAAUUUAUUGACGGUCUAAUUUAUUGUCUGGGUGUUGGAUGCUUGGAGUUUGGAAGGCUAACAUGCAUCCUUUGGUCAA